AAUUUGCUUUAUCAAAAGACAUUAAAGUUGGUCUUUCAAUUGGGGCCCUUUCUUAUGUGACACAAGUAGGUUCAGAGCAAUUUACAUAUACACUCACAAACCAAUACCAGACAUCUACCUGCUGCUAUAAUAUCCAAGAAACAUGCAACAAACUUCAUACCAAUUUCCAUUUCUUACACUAUAUCAGAUAUGAUGUGUAUAUAAAUGCCACAUGAAGUAGUACGUACUAUCAGACGCACUACUAACCAUACACAAAGCAACCUCUACUUCCUUGUUUUUACCAUAACCAUCAUGGAAUCCACUUCCCAAAUUAAUCAACUGAUCCUUCCCGCCUCUUCUUCCUCUUCACUUCCGCGCAAGAACUACGAUGUCUUUUUGAGCUUUAGAGGUGAAGACACACGAAAAUCCUUUACGGAUCAUCUCUUUGCGGCACUGUGCAGGGUUGGAGUUCACACUUUCAGAGAUGCAGAAGAGCUCCGCAAAGGAGAGGACAUCUCCACUGACCUCUUUAGUGCUAUUCAAGAAUCGAUGGUUUCUAUCAUCGUGUUCUCCAAAACUUAUGCUUCCUCUCGCUGGUGUCUUGAGGAGGUUGUGAAGAUAGUGGAAUGUAAAGAAAAAGCAAAUCAGGUGGUUCUUCCAGUGUUCUAUGAUGUGGAUCCUUCUGAGGUCCGCAAUCAAACGGGUGAGUUUGGUGUUGCAUUGGCUCUACAUCAACAACGAUUCGGGACAGAAAAAGUUAGCCAAUGGAAAACAACAUUAACUAAGGUUGCAAAUUUUUCUGGAUGGGACUUACAAAACGUUGCUGACGGGUAUGAAUCAAAAUUUAUUGACAAUAUUGUAGACAAGGUUCUGCAAGUAGUGAACCAUACAUACUUUGAUGUUGCAAAAUAUCCAGUUGGAAUUCAUGCUCCUGUUAGAGAAGUACUUUCUUUAUUAAGAAGUGAAGCAGAUGGUGAUGUUCGUAUGAUUGGGAUUUAUGGCAUGGGCGGGGUAGGAAAAACAACCUUAGCAAAAGCUGUAUUUAACCAAAUUUAUAGAUCAUUUGAUGGUAGUUGCUUUCUUGGAGAUGUUAGGCAAGAAUGUGUGGAUAGAGGGCGUUUAGGAUUAAAACGUUUACAGGAGAAGCUUCUUUGUAAAACUCUCAAUGGAAAGAGAUUGAAAGUUCAUCAUGUUGAUCAAGGAAUUAGUUUAAUCAAAGGAAGACUUGGACUGAAAAGGGUUCUUAUUGUUGUUGAUGAUGUAGAGGAUAAGAGCCAAUUAGAUGCAUUGGUUGGAGAACGAGAUUGGUUUGGUCCAGGUAGUAUAAUUAUCAUCACAACCAGAAAUGUUGAUUUGUUAAAUGGCCUUAGAAGAGACUGUGAGAAGUAUAAUGCUAAAGUCUUAAGCCGGAAGGAAUCUUUGCAACUCUUUAGUUGGCAUGCUUUUAAGAACCCAAAUCCUUUGGUGGCUUUUAUAAAACUAUCAAACAUGAUUGUAAGUUAUGUUGGUGGACUUCCUUUGGCACUUACCACCCUAGGUUCACAUUUUGGAGCAAGAUCUUCAAUUCAAGAAUGGAUAGAUGACUUUGAGAAGUUAAAAAGGAUUCCUCAUGGACCUCAUAGAAAUAUUAUGGAGACUCUCAAAAUUAGUUAUGAUGCACUUGAUGAUGAUACUCAAAGAAUCUUUCUUGACAUUGCUUGCUUUUUUACGUGUGGAGGUUUCUGGAAGGAAGAUAUUGUUAAGAUAAUGAAUGGUUGUGGUUUCUAUGCUCAAAGUGGAAUUAGAACUUUAAUUGAUAGAUGCCUGUUAGAAGAAAGUCUUAGUAUGCAUGUUUUAGUUCGAGAUAUGGGAAGAGAAAUUGUCCGCAAAGAAUCUCCUAUGCACUCUGAAAAAAGAAGUAGAUUAUUUUUGAAUGAUGAAAUUUCGGAUGUUCUCACCAACAACAAGGGCACCGAGGCAAUUGAAACUAUGAUCAUAGAAUUGUCAAAGGAAGUGCCUUUGAGUACAAAGGUAUUCUCAAAAAUGACCAAGUUAAGACUACUCGAAAUCUUAUACUUGGAUGUUAAGGGAUCUUUAAAAUACUUGCCCAACGAGCUUAGAUAUCUUUAUUGGCGUGAUUUCCCGUUGAGUCACAUAUCAUCCGAUUUUUGCUUGGAAAAACUUGUCAUCUUAGAAAUAAAAGGGAGCAAUAUUGAAGAAUUUCAACCCAAAUUGCAGCAUUUUAGAUGCUUGCAGAUUUUAAGGUUGAUAUUUUGCAACAAACUUGAAAGAGCUCCAAACUUUGUUGGGGCACAUAGUCUAAAGGAGUUAUCCCUUUAUGGUUGUUCAAAGUUGGUUAAAUUGCCGCAAUCAAUUGGAGAUUUAGAAAACCUUGUUUGGUUAGAUUUGAGUAAUUGCAAGGAUCUCAAUGUGCUUCCUAGUAGCAUUUGCAACUUGAAGUCUCUUAAGCAUCUUGUUCUGAAAUGGUGUUCCAAGAUAAAAGAAUUGCCGCAAUCAAUUGGAGAUUUAAAAAAUCUUAUUAAUUUAGAUUUGAUGGAUUGCAAGAAUCUCAAUGUGCUUCCUAGUAGCAUUUGCAACUUGAAGUCUCUUGAAGGUCUCAUUUUGCAAAGUUGCUCCAAGAUAAAAGAGUUGCCUAUUGAGUUGGGUAAAUUGGAGGGGUUAAAUUUCCUUGAUGCAAGUGGGACGUCCGUGACACAUGUACCCACUUCUUGUGGAUCUUUGAGACAUCUCAAGUGUCUGAUACUAGGGCCGCAACACUUUCCUAGGUAUUAUUAUGGUAGUAAGGAAGGUAUUGGGCAUUCAAACAGUACUAAUUUAUUAUGUUCAUUGGUUACUCUACAUACUCCUUACCAGUAUGUGCAACAUUUAUUAGAUCUUCAAAAAGGUGAUGGGGGUUUAUCCUUAUUGAGAGAGUUAGAUCUAAGGUAUAGUGACUUUGAUACCAUGCCCUCUAACUUUUCUCAUCUUUUCAAUCUAGAACGCCUUUGUUUGGACAACUGUCCCAACCUUUCGGUGAUUAAAGGCGAUCUUCCACUUAGCCUACAUGAAUUCUCAGUACAGAAUUGUCCCUUGUUGAAAAGUAUACAGGAUCUAUCUGGGUUAUUAAGGCUAGAGAGAUUGUAUCUUGGCAAGUGUAGUAAUUUGAAUGAGGUUGUAGGUGUUGAGAAUCUGGUUAAUUUAGAAAGAAUGGACAUAAGAGGGUGUAGCGCUUUGAGCAGUAAAUAUUGGUGUGAGAACUUGUUCAAGGUUAGUACACUCAUCUCCAUCUGUGUCUCUGUCUCUGGAACUGCUUUUAAUUUUAAUUUAAUGCUGCGGGCUUUGUCAUUUAUAGUGAAUAGUACAGUAGAUGGUAGUGCAUGCAAUGCUUAA